ACGUCGUCUCUCCGGUUGAAGUGCGCGUCGCCCUUCUCGUUGCCCAUCGUCUCGGCUUCCUCGUCCCGAUGUCGACGGCAUCCCUCGCGGCCCCGACGACGCUCGUUCCUCCGCGUCCUUCGUGAAUCGCGCACCUGGUUGCUGGAAACGGGGACGAGGCGGUGCGGCGAGCGAGCAAAAGGAUGUACGGAUAAAGAGAAAGGGAGAGAGAGAGAGAGAGAAGGAGAAAGAGAGCGACGAGUGGGGCGAGCCGCACGACGACGUUCAAUCGAUUCGUCUCGCGCCUCCAGGUUGCGUGCGUGCGGGCGUGCAUGUUUGUUCCCCGUAGCAGGGUGCCGAGUCCACCGAGUUCCUAGCGGUACCAGUGGGGCGAUGGUUUAUCCGGGGAAGGAAUCGGUUUACGCGACCGCGUGAAGGAAGUGGAACUGAAAAUAGAAUCGGAACCGCGGAGAGGUUUUUUGAGCUCUUCCUCCGAGUCGUCUCGCCGGUGAUCGCUGAGGCUGGACCUUCCGAGAUUCUUCGACGUCUUCUCAUCGCCGGAGGAGAAUCCUUGUCGCGCGAGUCGCGUUUCGACGAGCGCAACCUGGCGGUGACGAGUGACGGCGCUUUUGACGGGGCUGCAAGUCCGUUUCGAUCCAGUAGUGGUGGUGGCAGUGGUGGAGGCGGCGGUGGUUGUGAUCGCGAUCAUCGUGGUGGUGGCUCUACCGCGAACGGGAGAGGUUAUGUCGACGCGGAUUCGAUGACGCUCCUCUGACAGCAGUGGCGGUGACGGUGGGACGGAGCGAAGGUGGCAACGGUCUCGUCAGGAAGUGUCAAAACUGGCGUGUGGGGCGGUGGAGUCAGCUGUGGUCUGGCUCUGAUUCCGGUGGUAGCGGCGGAAGCGGAAGCCGCGAAGGCAAUAGCGAAGGCAGGAGGCGAGGAGGUGGGGCCGGGAGAAGUUGCUGGUAGCCCCGAUUUUGUUAGAAGACGGUGCAAGCUUCAUCCUCAUCCCCAUCAUUUUCAUCUAUCUCUUCUUCUUUCACCUCGCAUCUUGCCUUACGGAAGUGAUAGAUUCGUAAGCGUUCGCCAGCGGCCACCAGAAGAACUGUCGACGGCGUGACACCGGCCCCGCGAUCGGCCUUCCUCCCGCAGAGGAGUAAGCGCCGCACAGACAGGAGUCACCGCCAUCCGUCAUCAUCGUAGAAAUUACAUUCUGUGAGCCCUCUCCGAGGCGAGGCGAGACGAGAGAGGAGAGAGCUUCCUCAGCCUCCCCCUCUGCGCGCGCGACGUCCUAGUAUUUCGGCCCCGCUAACGGCCGCUCAUAAGCCUCGCGCGUCAUCUGUCAGACACCAUGAACGAGCUCGACAGUCUUCGUCAGGAGGCGGAGACGCUGAAAAAUGCCAUCCGGGAUGCCAGGAAAGCAGCAUGCGACACGACUUUGGCCCAGGCCACAUCGGGCAUGGAACCUAUCGGUCGCAUACAAAUGCGUACGAGACGUACGCUUCGCGGUCACUUAGCUAAGAUUUAUGCGAUGCACUGGGGAAGUGACUCCAGGAAUCUAGUCUCCGCAUCGCAAGACGGCAAACUGAUCGUUUGGGAUAGUUAUACCACCAAUAAGGUUCACGCUAUCCCAUUGCGGUCCUCAUGGGUAAUGACUUGUGCAUACGCGCCCUCGGGUAGUUACGUCGCGUGCGGUGGGCUGGACAAUAUCUGUUCCAUCUAUAGCCUUAAAACUAGGGAAGGUAACGUGCGGGUGAGCAGAGAACUCCCCGGUCACACUGGAUAUUUAUCCUGCUGUCGGUUCUACGACGACAACCAGAUCGUCACCAGUUCCGGCGACAUGUCUUGUGCUCUAUGGGAUAUCGAGACCGGCCAGCAGUGCACCUCGUUCAUCGGGCACACCGGUGAUGUUAUGUCUCUGUCGUUGGCACCGGAUACACGCACUUUCGUAUCUGGCGCGUGCGACGCCAGCGCGAAGUUAUGGGAUAUUCGCGAAGGAUCCUGCAAGCAGACUUUUCCGGGUCACGAGAGUGACAUAAACGCCGUAACGUUCUUCCCGAACGGAUAUGCUUUCGCGACAGGCUCGGAUGAUGCGACCUGCAGACUUUUCGAUAUUAGGGCAGAUCAGGAACUCGCGAUGUACAGUCACGACAAUAUCAUUUGUGGUAUCACCAGCGUAGCUUUCAGCAAGAGCGGUAGAUUAUUGCUGGCGGGCUACGACGAUUUCAAUUGCAAUGUUUGGGAUUCCAUGAAGACGGAACGAGCUGGAAUUCUCGCUGGGCAUGACAAUCGCGUGUCUUGUCUUGGCGUUACGGAAGACGGCAUGGCAGUAGCGACGGGUUCUUGGGAUUCGUUCCUACGCAUUUGGAAUUAACUUGGGGCUUUUCCCAGGACGUUCCUUCAAAGAACCAACUACAGUCAACCAGCAUACAGCAUAAGAAUCAAGUACCAUCAUCUGACCACUGAGCAAAUCGGCGUGCCAUCAGUCACGACGUUGGCGAAUAAUCCGCCAGGUUCACCGGAGUUGACGCUGAUUAGAAACUUUGGAUACUCGAUUAGUAGCAGCAGCAGCGGGAGCAGCAACAAUAACAAUUACGAUCGUAGAAAAGCCCACGACAACAAUGGCGGUGGUAACAGCAGCGGCGGCGAAUUUAAGAAUGUUUUGGAUUGUGGUGGUAAAAAAGACUCCCGCAACAGGCGCAUCGUAGUCGACUUGACCAGGCGACAUAGUAAAGUUGGCGACAAGGACCACGAAUAUCAACGCUUCUAAGAAGAAUCUAAGUUCCAAUUGGGUCGAAAACAUAUUGUUGCCGAAAAAUGUGCGGCAGAGGACAAGAAUCGAGAACGAGCGCCGACAACAAGACCGACAGCCAAGAACUUUCGGCGGCAUCGGGCACGCAUUUUCUUUUUCUCCUCCCCUUUCUCAAGGACUUUCUUCGCGAAUCUUCGAGAGGCAUGUGCUGUUCUACGGCUUUGAUAAUUCUUUUCCCACGGGGGUAUUCCCAGUCAAGGAUUUCAAAGUUCGAAGGACGGACUACAAUCUCGUGCCGACGAUCAUCAAGAGAUUUCCAUCUCGAAUCAAGGUUCAAGCGUUCACUGCCGAGAAGGCGCCGUUAACGACUGCUCUGGCGAUUGGCUGCGAGUUACUUUUCCCGAUACACGAUUGUAUCGGGCGAGAUAGGAUAUGCAACCAUGGAUAUUGCGUCGCAAGCCGGAAAUAAAAAACCAACCAAAGGUCGUGAUAGUCCCGCAAUGAUGCGUUCGAGUCAUAUGACGCACACUGAACGCACACGUGUAUUAAUGGAGAUUCACAAAGACACGAAUUGCAUAUACUUGCACACAAAAGCGCGAGUGGUCGAAUAAAUAUAGGGAAGAUGUGGAUCGUUCACCAGCAGCCUCGAAAUACAUUCAAGUCGCACACACUUGUCACGUGAGCUUUGCCCUCGUGCACGAGCAUCGAGCGGCCAAGCGAGGAAAAAAGAAUAAUGAGAUGUCACUUUUUUUAACACGAUAAUACGCCGACUUCGCACCGCUAUAAUUACUACUAUUAUUACUAUUAUUAUCACGAUCCCCUCGAUGAAUUUUGUAGAUGUAUCGUUAUUUAUUUUGUAUAGACUUCUGCCAUAGGCCGCCCUGCGCCUGCGAUUUUUGCGAGUGCGAGAGCGAUUGAGCAUGUAGUAAAAGAGAGUGAACGAGAAUUAUGAGAGCGUGAGAACGAGAGCGCGAGAGGCGCGCGGCCCAUUGCCAAUCAAAAAAAAAAAAAAACGAGGAACGG